AUGGCUUCUGUUUAUAGAAUACAGGAUACAGUAACAAAUGAUGACUUAUCAGGGCAAGAGCCUAAUGGCAAACGCCAUAAAUUUAAUAAAUCAUCUAUAAAAAAAAUGGCAAAUUCUCCAAUUUCAAAACACCAUAACCCAAAAAAUAGUAAAUUAACAAAUAAAAAACCAUCAAUUUCGACAUAUUUAAGCGAUAAAGGAGUAUUAAAAAAUAUAUUAGAUAAAACAAGUGAAUUAUUUAGAUACAAAAAAUUAAGAAACUUAUUAUUCAAAAAAAAAAAUAAACCUAAAAAAACUAAUGAUAUUGGGAUAAAAUUUAAGUUUAUGUAUAAUGGUGUCAAUUUAUACAAGUAUGGUAUUUCUGAAAUUCGAAAUAAAGUUAAUAACAAAAAAACAGCGACAAAAAUAAAAGAAAAAAACACAUCUCAUGUUAAAAAAAGUAAAACAAACAAUAUUAAUAAAAAAAUAAAUAACUUAAAUAUAAAUAAGACAAACAACUCAAAAUCUGGCAAAGAAGUGGAUAAUGAUUUAUCAAAAGAGCAUAAAGACGAAACAGAAAGUAGUAAAACAACAGAAUAUAAUUACAAAGUAGAAAUAGAUCAAAUUAAAAUUCCAUAUAUAAAAAAAUUAUUAGAUAAAGCGAAGAAAAAAGAGAGUAAUGAAAAUAAUCAAAUACCAAACUCUUCUUAUAAUAAUAACCUUUCACACAGUUUCAGUAACACAACAUCAAAUGAUGCUCAAUUUAAUUUGGAAAAUAAUUCUUUAAAUAAAAAUGAUAUAAUACAUAAAAAAAAGUCAAAAUUUUUAAAUAAUAAAAUUAAAAUAUUUAAUAAUUUAGUAGAAUAUGUAAAACCAUCAAGAAGUUAUAAUAUUGAUGUAUGUCAUCCUUUAUAUAAUUUGUUGUGUAAAAAUGAAAAAUCGUAUUUAAGUUCUAAUUGGCAUGAUAGAAUAAAUUAUGCUUUCCGAAAUAUUUGUGGAUUAAAAAAGUAUAUUCAUGAUGAUAAAACAGAAGGAGAGCAUGAAAGAAUCUUUUAUAAUGAAUUGGAAUUAUUUCACAUGUCUAGUAAUAUAGGAGCAUGUGGUCUUAUAUAUUCAUUAUUUUUAAACAAUUACAAAGUUAAUAAUUAUUUUAAUAACGAUCAAGAUAUUGAUAGUAGUAGUAAUAGUGACAAUGAAGAAAAUGAAAAUCGUAGAAAUCUUAUUAAUAUGUUUAAAACAUGCUUUAUUCAAGUAACUAAAGAUAAUUAUCCUCAUAUUUAUAAUAUAUAUAAACCCAAAUUUGAUGACGAUUUACUAUUUUUAUUUGAUAGUCUUGUUUUUACUGUAGUUUUGGGAAGUAGAAAAGAUAAUAUUAGUUAUAAUUUAGCAAGAAAAAUAUAUAGUAAUGAUCUUAAGGGAAAAAAUGUGUUAUGUGAUUGUAUAUUUAAUUUGAAAAAUGAUUCAAAAUUUUCUUUACCUAUAGCUAGCCAAAUUGAUUUUAUGGGUAUGCGAAUAAUUUCAGAACCCUUAAUGCCUUUAACUAAUGAUUAUAUUCCAAUUGAUGUAAUUAAAGACAUAUAUGAAAAUGUUGAAAUUACAGAUACCUCCAGUGAUAUAGAUAGUGAUCAAAAUGAAUACUACAAAAAAAAAAGUAAUUUAGGAAAUAAAAAAGAAUGUAAUUAUAGUUAUAGUGAGAAAAAUAACUAUAAAAAAUGUUCAGAAAAUAAUUUGUUGAAUAAUAGUGGAGAUACUUUUAAAAAUAAAAAAAUAUUUUAUGAACGAUUAAUGGUAGAAAUCGAAAAUUAUGAUCGUAUAUUAUAUGACCAAUUAAUAAAAAUGAGUGAUUAUGUAAACUACAGUUGCUGUAUUUUACCUUUUGGAAUGUCAAAUUAUUUUGAAAGUAGAAUAUUCAAAUCUCAAAAUAAUGUAAAACUAUUUAAAUCAGUUAUAGAUAAUUUAUAUAUAAUUAGAGGAACCGAAGAAAUAUUACCUCCAAUUGUUUCAAACAUUAAUAAAGAUAAUUUUAUCACAAGAUUGAGAUAUGAAUAUAUAAAAUAUUAUCACGAAGGGAAUCCUUUAUGCAAUACAACACUUGCAAUUAAUAUAAAACCUGAAAAAAAAUUCGAAGAAAAUGAUGAAAAAAAUAAAAACAAUAUAUAUCAUUUAAAAAAUGUUAGUAAACAAUGUUUUGAUAAUAUUGAUAAUUAUAUUUUACCUAAAGUAAUAAAUUUUAUAGCAAAUUUUAAUGAUAGUUAUGAUAUAACUAAAGUAUAUCAUUCCCAUGGUGUUAACAUUCGAAAUUUGGGUUAUAUAUUAAAUAAUAAAAAGACACCUACAUACCUUUCCGAAGUUAUAUGUAGAGAACUGAUUUGUAGAACCUUGAAAUCUAUACAUUGUGAGAAUAUACAUUAUUUUAUAACAAAUGUGGUAAAUGUGUCUAAUUUGGGGAAUAACGGAAUCCAGGGGGAGAUAAAAAAUCGAAACAACCCAAAAAUAUAUAAUAAUGCAGAAAUAAAAAAUAUUAUUAAUAUAGAAAAUAAUGAAAAAAGAGAUAUUAUUUUUUAUGACGAAUAUAACAAAAUUGCUGACACGUUUGAUUUUAUCAGCAUAUUUGAAAAGGAUGAUAAUGAUCAAAUGAUACAUAGAAAAUGUCUUAAAUUACAAAAUGAUAAGUUUAUAUGUUUUUGUAAUGAUUGUUUGAAAAAUUGUAAAAAAAAUCCAGAAUUAAUACCACAUAAAUUGGUAAUUAAUUUAAUAAAUUUAACCUUAAAUGUGAAUAGUGCUAGUAGUAUAAAAUUUUGGAAUAAUAUUCUUAUACCUCAUUGUAUUAAAAAAUUUCAGAUUAAUUUAAAUGAUCAUAUAAAAAUCCGAGAAAUAGAAACAUAUGGGCUAUUAUCAUGUUUAGAAUAUCAUUUAGGUAUUUAUUUUAAAGAAGAUUGCAAACAAAAUUAUAAAGUUCGAUUACCAAUAACAUUGGAUGAUAUGUCUAAUUUUAGUUCAAAAUCUGAAAAACAUUUAUUUCCUAACGUUGAUAAUUUUAUACAAAUUUUUAGUGCAAAUAGUAGUAAUGGAAAAACCAAAAAUGAAAAAAAAAGAAAUAAUCAUAUGAAUAAAAGUAAACAAUCAAAGUUGGAAAAUAAUGGUACGGAUAAAAAACGAGAAUGUAAAGAUAUUCAAAAUUUUAUGGAAAAAAUAGAAUAUGAAAAAAAUAUUCUUCUUUCAAAAUGUGAUGAUAAAAACAGGGAAACAAUUCAAUAUGAGAAUAAUUAUAUUUCUUUAUUUUAUUCUAAAAGUAAAUCAUCUUUUCCAAAAUAUUCUACAUUGUCUUUUAGAAUUAUAGAAAAGUUAUUUUCCAAUACAAUAAAUCAAGAAAAAUUUAAGAUAAAUAAUAUACUAGAAGAAAAUGUCCCAUAUAUCAUAAAUAUAAAAAAUAGUGACUUUUUAUAUGUAAAUAGUAUAUGUAAUGUUGGAUUAUGUGGAAAAAUAAAAAGUUUAAUUUAUGAAUAUAAUAUUCCUUGUCAUCCACAUUGUAUACUUAAUAAAAAAAUGAAAUGCAUAAAUUAUGUAAAAACUAAAAAAUGUAUAUAUUUAUUAUUAAAUAUUAAUGCUAAUAAAAAUGUGUUUGAAUUAACAAAAACAUUUUUAUAUUUAGCAUAUUUACAUUUUGAACAUGGUUAUAUACAAAAGUGUUUAAAAAUAUGUUACUAUAUUUAUAACAUGAUUCCGAAUAUAGGUACAUUAAAAAGAGAUAUACUUAUUUUAAUAUUACAAUGUAAGAUAAAAGAAAAACAAAUUGAUGAUGCUUUAAUAAUUUAUAAACUUAUUAUAAUAUUUAGUGAAAGAUAUGAUGGUAAAUAUAAUAUGAGUGCACUUUUUUCUAAUAUGUUAUUGUCUGAUUUUUAUUAUAACCAAUCAAAUAGUGUUGAAAUAAAAAAUAAUUCCAAUAAUAAUAUUAAUACAAAAAAUGAUAGCAUAAUUAAAAGUGAUUACAAUGAAGAAACUGAUAUAACAGAUAAUAUUAAUCAACUCAAAAAAACUGAUACCAAUCUUGAUUUAAAAAAUAAAUAUUUGUUAAAGGCAUUGCACUAUUCUGAGAGUUGUUAUAAGAUAAUAACAACAUCAUUGAGCGAUAUCUGUUAUCACUAUAUAUAUAUAUAUUCUUUAAUGUUAAUAGGGAAUAUUUUAAUGUCUUUAAAUAAGUUUCACAGAGCAAUAAAAUAUUACAGUUUAUCAUUACAAUAUUCGAUCAGAGGGAAUAUGCCAAAUUUUAUUAUUUUACUAAGCAAGUGCUUAUUAGCAGAUUCGCUAAAAAAUAAUGGAAAUUUUGAUAAAGCUAUUGAAUUAGCAGAAGAGUGUUUAAACACAUUAAAAAGUUCAACUUUUUGUUCACACAAUCUUAUUCUUCAUGUCAUUUUUCAUUUAGCUCAGAUGAAACAAUUUAUUGGAUGUAAAGAUUUAUUAUUUCCAGAUAUUUUAUUAAAUAACAUUUCUAAUGUUCAUAUUAAAAAAAAAAUAUCACUUCCUGAUUUUAUAAUUUUAGAAAAAAAUUAUUUAAAUGAAACAAAUAUAAAGCAUAGAAAUGAAGCUAUAGAUUUAUAUAUUAAAUUAUAUUAUAAAUUAAAAAGCCUAAAAAACUAUUCUCUGGUUGUUGCAAAAGAUAUAUUUGGAAAUUUAUAUACAAAAAAUGACGAAUUACCAAAUACAGAAAAAUCGAAUAUAAAUCAUUUAGAAGACAAAAUGGCAAAAUUAUUUGAUAUAAUAAAAGAAAUACUUAAAAUAAAAAUCAUAUCACUUAACAUGAAUAAGCAAUUUAUGAUAGCCUCAAAACUAUUAGCUAUAGUUUUAUCUAAAAAUUCAUCUAAAUUUGUUAGCGAAUUAACAUUAAAAAAAAAGAGAGAUCAAAUAUAUGAACAUUUUAUACACAAUGAUAUACAAUACAAUAAAAUGGGAAAAAAAGACAAUAGAAAAAAUAUUGAUAAAGAAAAUCAAUUUUAUUAUUUAAUUGAUACAAUUUAUAAUAAUGAUAAUAAAAUGAAUGAAAUAUUUAAUGAUGAAUAUAUAAAUAACGGAUUAAGUAAUAAUGAAGAUAAUUUUAAUUUAGAUUCUAUCAAUUUCCAUUUAAUUAAAAACAAACAAAAUUUGUUUAAUCGAAAUUGGUAUACAAAAGAUUAUGAUUAUAUAUCAAUUGAAAAAAUUUUAUUUGACAACACAUAUUUUAAUAUAAUAGACAUAUGCAAAUAUUGCUACAUUAUGUGUGAUAAAUAUAAUACAAAAAGUUACAAGGAAAGUUGUGUUAGUAGUAAAAUAUGUCCAACUGUUGACAUAACAGAUAAAAACAAAAUAAAUUACAGAGAAGAAAAUCACACUUUUUUAUUAAACCCGAGUAUUUGGUUUGAUGUUUUGUUUUUCACUACAAUGAAGGGGGUGUGCAAACAUAUAGAACUUAUUAUGCUUAUAGAUUUAAUCAGAUUGUUUUUAACUCCAAUACAAAAACAAUUAAUUUUAUUUCAUAUAAAAUCUUUAAAUAAUAUUAGAGAUAAUGAAGAGUACUCUGAGUAUGUGCAAUAUAUAUUAAAUAAUGAGAAAAAUAAUGAGAAAAAUAAUAAUUUAAAUACAUUUAAAGAAAUUGAUCAGGAAAAUAAAUCUAAUAUAUUCCAUAAUAUAUUGUUAUCUCAAACUACAAAUUGCACUGAUGAAGAUGAAGAAUCAAAGUAUUUAUAUAACAAACAAUAA